AUGGUCCAGUCACUCUCCCUGAUAGCGCUUGCCGCUUGUUUUCAGCAGGCCUCCAGUAUCACCGAUGUUGGCGCAACUCCAUAUCAUCUCAUUCUGCCUGUUCUUCGAAGACUCAAUGCAAAGCAAUUAUCUCUUCUAGAAGAAAACAGUCCAGACCUUACUCCUGAUAGUGACGACCUCUGGGCUCUGCUCAUAGAAAAAGAUUUUCCGGACCGGCCGCAGAGCACUCGAAGGAACCUCUUGCAGGCAAAACCAAUGAGGAUGCCCAAUAAAGAACUAUAUAUGCAAUAUUCAAAGGAUCGGGAAAACUUUCUAGAAGGCUCAGCUCAACGUCUACGCCGCAUUACACAAAAGCUUCAGCGUGAGAAGUCAAAGAAUUCGAUUGUACCUAUAAAUGGCUUCAUUGCCGAACCUGUCAUACGAAGACGCACGUUGGCUGUUCCGAGACCUGUAAAACCUGCGUCCAAAUACUCGAACAACUCAAUCAUGGGCAAGGCUUUUAAAGAUGUACAAAAUCGUCUGCUAAUGUUUGGUCCUUCAAAGCGCCACGACCCAUAUGCUGCAUUCAACACCAAUCGAAUAGUCCAAAGGCCCAAAAUUGGGCAGAGACCACCUGCGCAACGGCCUGUUCCCUCUCCAGUCCCAUCCACCUCUGUGGCUUCUUCCAAUUCUGAAAGCUCUAAUCUUCAAAAGCAAUGGUCCGUUCCACCAGGCCACGGGAUCUAUCUGCUUCCGCCGCCGCCUUCAAUCUCGACGCUGACAUCCUCUAACAUGAAGAAGUGCGACUCACGAGAGUCAUGCCGCUCACCCACUGAGUCCUCUGCUACCCGGCCGGUCCCAGACACUGCCUACACCAGAGAGGUUCGCAAAAGAAAAGCGCAGUCGCCAUUAUUGGAGUCAAGACGAAGAACACAAAGGCCAAAGCGCCUCGGACUGCCUGGAAAUCGCAGUCUGUCACCAAAAAACCAAAGUGAAGGUGUUGACCACCAGAACAAGAGAGAUUCGCUGGCAGAACUCUCUACAUAUCCAAAGAGCAUUCGCUCGUCUAUUUUUAACUGA